AUGGCCUCUCUUAUCAAUCCAUCGUACGAUCAAUUGCAUCAUGGACGGUUCCUGGCAGAAGAAGGAAGGGUUUUUGAUCAGCUUCACCUGAGGUUCGGUUCGGUUCAUGACAACAUGGAGUAUGACGAGCGCUACACGGAGUAUAUCCGGAAGACCGGGCUUCUCCCUUUCAUCUCACUCGUGUCUCCUUCGAUGCCGAAGAUGAACCCUUGUGCGAUCACUUCACUCAUUGACUGGCGGCGCCCUGAGACACCUACUUUUCACUUCUAUGCUGGGGAGAUGACGGUCACUUUGCAGGAUGUGUCUCUGAUCACUGGACUUCCCAUCAAAGGAGAGCCUAUUUGUUUUAGCACAGAUUCUGCUGAAUGGUGUGAGAUUAUGGUUGGACUCAUAGGGAGGGAGCCAGGGGUACAAGGGAAGUCCACCGGUGCAAGUUAUCAUUGGAUUGCUGAACACUUUGGGGAAUGCCCGGCUGACGUGGACGAUGAAAUAGUGCAUUGGGGUACGGCGGCGUUGGCUUAUUUGUAUCGUCAGCUGGACGAGGCGUGCCUGGGGCGGUCGACACCAAAGGGUUACGACCCGUGGGAUGAUUAUCAUGACCCAGACCAUAUGCCUACAUGGGCGUAUAAGUGGGACAAGGUUGAAGGUUUUGUUGGCAAUUCAAAGACCAUGUAUUUGCACUACUGCAGGGAGCUUGACAUCAUGACCCCGGAGCAGGUUUCCUGGGAACUGUACGGAACGGAGGGCAACAUUGGUUUUGAUCAGAUGGCCAAUAUGGAGUACAAUAGGCUUAUUAGGGAUGGUAGACGUUAUGAAUCGGCACCAACUAUCCGCUUUGUGCAAAACGAGCUCUCGAAGCAUGUCAACGACGCCGGCGAGGCACUCAAGUACCCUCCAGGUGGAGACUCGUACAACAAGCUUAAAGCUUUUGUUGAGCCUAGUCAAAGGCGUGGAACUCCGGGCAAAUACGCAAGGAAGGCACGCAAGGACCCAGUGAUCGAGGCCGCCUCAGAGGAGGAGGAAGAGGAGGUGCCACAGCUCCAGAGGAGAAGGCGCUUAGUGAAGGGGAAGGAUGCUGGACCGGCUAAGAGGGGGAAAGGAAGGAAAUGA